AGGUAUUGCUGGAUGCUGUGCUAAAACAACAGUUGCUCCUUUGGAUCGAGUAAAGGUUUUAUUACAAGCUCACAAUCACCAUUAUAAACAUUUAGUUAAUUACUACAAAGCUGGGAAUUUCUGGUCAUGUGCACAGAUUAAUGGCUGGAUCCAUGGCAGGUAUGACAGCAGUUAUCUGUACUUACCCUCUUGACAUGGUUAGAGUACGCCUAGCAUUCCAGGUGAAAGGGGAACACACUUACACAGGAAUUAUUCAUGCAUUCAAAACAAUUUAUGCAAAGGAAGGCGGUUUCCUUGGAUUUUACAGAGGCCUGAUGCCUACUAUAUUAGGAAUGGCUCCAUAUGCAGGUGUUUCAUUUUUUACUUUUGGUACCUUAAAGAGUGUUGGGCUUUCCCAUGCUCCUACCCUUCUUGGCAGACCUUCAUCAGACAAUCCUAAUGUCUUAGUUUUGAAAACUCACAUUAACUUACUUUGUGGUGGUGUUGCUGGAGCAAUAGCACAGACAAUAUCCUACCCAUUUGAUGUAACUCGCAGGCGCAUGCAAUUAGGAACUGUUCUUCCAGAAUUUGAAAAGUGCCUUACCAUGUGGGAGACUCUGAAGUAUGUCUAUGGACACCAUGGAAUCAGGAAAGGAUUAUAUCGUGGUUUAUCUCUGAACUACAUUCGCUGCAUUCCCUCUCAAGCAGUGGCUUUUACCACAUAUGAACUUAUGAAGCAGUUUUUUCACCUCAACUGAACAAAUUUAUGAUUUCCUUUCCUUAUUAAAUCCUCAGAAGGGGAAAUAAAAUGUUACUUUAAUUUGGGGGAGAAUAUUACUUGAAGGGGGAUAUUUACCCUGUCACAGGAACCACUGGUAUUUUAGUACUUGAUUUUUUUUUUAUCCUCACUCGAGGACACUGUUUUGCAUUUAUCUUCAGAUAGAGCAGGAGGGAGUGAGGGAGG